GGACUGCGUCAUGAUAAGUAGACAAAGAUCAAGGCGAGUCCUGGUCACAAAUCUGCACCGCUAUGAUGAUAGCACAGGUUGCUGUUUUACUUUUUGGAUUGGCACCGACGUUCGGCGCUCCCAGUGUUCCAGUAUUGGUGCCCCAUGUUGCUCGCCAGUACCAUGCUCAAGACGAAUUAGGGCAAUACGUUUACGGUUACAGUGGCGGUCCGUCUGCGAAACACGAGGAAAAGUCCCUAAACGGGGUAACAAGGGGAGGUUAUUCGUAUGUUGAUGGAAAUGGUUUGGUCCAAAGCGCGGCAUACGUCUCAGAUCCAGUAAAUGGGUUUAGAGUGGCAGCUACCAACCUUCCAGUAGGGCCUGCUGUUCCGGACAAAACAAAAGUCGCUGUGUCUGUUCCUGCUGUAGCUGUUCCUGCACCUACAUUUGCACUUACUGCUACACCAGCAGUGGCUGUGGCACAUGCACCAGCAGUGGCUGUAGCACAUGUACCAGCAGUAGGUGUAGCUCCUGCACUAGCAGGCUCUGUAGCACCUGCAGUUCCUGUUCAAACCGUCGAUACUGACAAUGCUGAUCCUUCUGUAGCUACUUCGUCUGUUGAAACAGAAAAAGAAACCUAUGCUGGCGCAGAAGUGCUUCCCGAAGUUUCCGCAGAAGUACCAGAGAAAACAGAGGAGCCGGUCGAACCAGGAGAUUCCGAAGCAUCUGAAGCUGCCAACGAAACCGACGGUCAAGCACCUGUCUCAGAUUUGCCAGAAGUAUCAGCUGCCCGAAAAUAUCAUCUAGGUCAAGUGGAAGAAGUUAAGGCAAGAAAUGCUGCUCAAAACGUGCUCGAUGCCCAAAAAUUUGCAGUAUUACACAAAGCUCCGGCUUCAGUCUCUGUCGCAGGUCCAGUGCCAGUUUUGGCACCCGCCGCUGGGCCAGUCGUCAGCUCUGUUGUUGCUCCAGCAUCUUUUGGAACUUUCGCUCAUCAUCCUCCAUCUGCUUUAGUUCCAGUCCGUGCUGUUGCACCUGUAGCUCCAGCCGUUGUUACAAAAACGGCCGUGUCCUCUCCGGUUGUCACGAAAUCAGUGGUCUCAGGACCAGUCGUAUCAGUCGUAGGGCCAGCUGUGCCAUUCCACGUCGCAUCCCAGUACCACGCUCAAGACGAGCUCGGCCAGUACGUCUACGGUUACUCAGGUGGCCCAUCCGCCAAGCACGAGGAAAAAUCUCUCGACGGAACGACAAAAGGGGGAUAUUCUUACGUCGACGCGUACGGACUUGUACAGAGCGCCGCAUAUGUGUCUGAUCCUCACGGAGGUUUUAGGGUUUUGGCGACAAAUCUGCCAAAACAGCCUGCUCCCGCCUACAUCCCAGACAGUCCUGAAGUGGAAGAAGCUAAGCAGAAACUUUUCAAAGCCCAAGCAGAGCACGUAGCCAAACUCGCGCUGUCUCAAUAAAUGAACUUUUUUAAACAAUCAAUUAUAAAGGUUUUUCCCCCGUCCGGCUAGCUAUCAAGAUUGUCAACACCUCGCAUUUUCACCAACCCACGUUAGAAUGGUCUCUAGCCAUCUUUCUGAUAGAACUACUGAGAUUUGAUUUUUACUCAUACUACGCGUAUUUACCCCCACAUUUGGUGAAAAGGCUCUACAACUGAUGCAUACCCAAGCAUUCAAACUUAGUUAACUAACCUUACUUUGGCCGGUUUCAGGGUUUAAAAUGGUUAUAAAUGCUGUUCCUUGUACAUUUUAUUAGCCUAAAAAAUAAAAAUGUUUUUAUUACAA